AUGGCGGGCAGAGCGACAAAGCGCAAUCGACGGCCCUCGAUGUACGAUCCAGCUCGGGACAUCUUCUCGAUGGAGCAGGAGGAUCUCGACCGCUCGGCAGAACGCGAGUCGCGCCAGGACAGUAAAGGCCAGCGGGCAAACGUCGGGGCCACUGUUGACCAGCAACAAACGCUGCCAGAAUCAAACAAUAAGACUUCUUCGUUAAACUAUUACCUGCAGGCUGCUCCACCCUCUCCUUAUCGAAGCCAGAGCAACAACAACAAUAAUAUCGAAGCUCUUCCAAAUCAAGGCGAAGCUCCACAGCGGAACCAACGCGCUCCUCCUGGGGCGAAUACCGGCAUCUCACCGAAAUCGUCGUCCGCACGAGCCCAUCCUCAAAGCUCUCCUAGUCAACCCGCUCCUCAACGCAAAACACCAUCACAGCGACCGAGUGAACCAAUGGCCGACAGGUCAAGCUCACCCUACGCAGGUGGUAAUUCUCGGAGCAACGAAGCUCAGGAACCGCAGUCGAAAAAUGGAUCCACCCAGGUACACGAGGGACAUGUCGAUGACACUUCUGGUGCAGGAGCUUCAGGUCAGCCUGGAAGCCAGCCAUCUCUAAAGCGCAGGCGUCGAGAGGAGCGACCUCAAAGGCCCCCCAAGCGUGAAGCUCCUUCUGCCUAUUCGCGGAGAGACCGUUCACCUCGACAUGGCGCUUCUCGAAAUUCUCGCUCAGUGUCGCCUAGAAACCGAGCUGCCGAAUCCAGAAGAUCUCGGUCUCCACGGCCCCGUGACCGAUCGCCAACCCCAGAGUCACAGGCUCGCCAACGGAAACGACCUGGCGGUGGAGCUCGUAUGGGCAAUACGAAAGACCUACUGAGACGCCGACAGGAGGAGCGAGAACGAGCUCAACAACAGGUAGUCGAGCGGGAUUUACGAGACCGAGGAGUUUCGGAUGUCGUUCGCCAACACUACAACGCCGUUCCGCAGCGAGGUCGAGAGUGGAGAAAGACGGACAGCAAGAUCAAAGGUCUUCGGAGCUUCAACAACUGGAUCAAGAGUGCUGUCAUUCAAAAAUUCUCGCCUGAUGAGGAGUUCCUGUCACGCAAGACAGGCUCAGACUGGGCAGCUGAUGCCAUUCCCGCCGCUGUGGAAGAUAAGAAGCUUUUGGUCCUUGAUCUGGGCUGUGGCAAAGGCGGCGAUCUUGGGAAGUGGCAGCAGGCUCCUCAGCCAGUGGAUCUCUACGUCGGGUUGGACCCUGCUGAGAUAUCCAUCGACCAAGCACGUGAGCGGUACGUUGGAAUGAGACAGAAUCGCAACCCGCGACAGCGACGUGGGAACCCUCUCUUCCACGCCGAGUUUGUUGCCAAGGACUGUUUUGGAGAAUGGUUAGGUGAUGUUCCAAUUAUACAGGAAGUUGGUAUUGAUGCCCAUGUCGGGCCGGAUGCCAACCUAAUGCACGCUCGUUGGGGUGGUGGUGGUUUCGACAUCGUUGUGAGCAUGUUUGCGAUGCAUUACGCCUUUGAGUCCGAGACAAAAGCGCGACAGAUGCUGAAAAACGUUUCUGGCGCUCUUAAAAAGGGAGGGCGCUUCAUUGGCGUCGGGCCGAACUCGGACGUCAUCAGCGCCAAAGUCGCAGAAUUCCAUGCAAAGCGUAAAGCACAGAAAGCUGAUGGUGACAAGGGUCAGAGCGAAGCCCCAGAAGAUGGAGAAGUAGAGGAUGAGACACUCGGAUGGGGAAAUGACAUCUAUCGCGUACGGUUCCCAGGAAGCACGCCCGAAGAUGGGGUUUUCCGUCCUCCAUUUGGGUGGAAAUACAGCUAUUUCAUGGAAGAAGCAGUUGAAGAGAUUCCUGAAUACGUCGUACCGUGGGAGGCUUUCCGAUAUUUGACUACGGAAUACAACCUAGAGCUCUUGUACCGCAAGCCAUUUCUAGACAUUUGGAACGAAGAAAAGGAUGAUCCCGAACUGGGUCCCUUGAGCGAACGCAUGGGCGUUCGUGCUCGUAAUGGUGGACCGACACAAGUCACAGACGAGGAACUUGAAGCAGCCAGCUUUUACCAUGCCUUCGUCUUCAACAAGGUUUAG